UUAACCACUAAUACUAAUAAACGGACGAGGGCCGUUCUCCGACAAAUGAUAACUAUCAAUUUUUUUUUCAAAAGUCAACUGAAAAAACAUAACGUCAAAACUUCUUUUCUAUUUAUUUAGUCUAUUAAAACCAUGUGUACAACUACUUAUCAACCUACAAAUGUCAAAUAACAAAUCUGAAGCCUGAAAGUACUAACAAAUAACAAUUUACAAGUGUUAACUAGUUAACUUCUGAAGUUUUUUUUCUAAUAUAAGGUAUUAGAACAUUUUUUUUUUUAAAUUAGGUUUAUUGAGAAUAAAACACAAAUAAUCAUUAUCAAACCAAUAAGUCCAUAAACACACUUAGAUAAUCAUUGUAAAACCAAUAAAUUCAUCGCUACUCGAUGAAUCUAAAAUACAACUUAUAAAUGUGUUACUAUUUAAAUCCCACCAGAUUCACACCAGAUAUCCAUCCCAAGUAUUACUUUAACUGAUCAACCCUUAUACAUACAGUAUAUGGUCUACACUGAUAUUAUAAGUUAUAACUACACAAUUAAAAUUACUAGAGCUUAAUAAUAAUUAUGUCAUCAACUAAGUAUAAUGACCAUCAACAAUAUGAAAUUAUAUACUGUUUAUUUAAAAAUCAAAGAAGACAAUAAUUGUAGUCUAACACGUAUUUUUAUUUAUUUUAAAUAACAAUACAUUUUCAAAACUAAUUAUGUUAUAGGCAUAGCAAUUAAUUUAUUAAUUAAAAUACGAGACGGCAACACUACUGACGUUAUAAAGUGUAAUAUAAAUUAGAAACGACAUAUAGUAAUUACUAAUUAAUACCAAUAAUAGUCCGACACUCGGACAACGGGCGUGUACGGUAGUGUGUUUGGUACAGCAUUUCCCUAAUAUCAAUUUAAUAAAAAUGAUGUUGGUAUUUCAGAACAUUUGAGGUUACAUUAUGUUAUCACAAUUAUUUUUGUCGGAGAACGACCCACAUCUCACUAAUAAAACUCAGUUUUUAGUUUUUACCCUGUUAUUUAGUCAUCACAGUUGAUUGGAAAUACAACGAUAGCCAUCCAACAUAUUGCACGUCGUUAAGGAUGGAUCUCGGGGAAAUCACCGCCAGAAAAUUAAACUCUACUUCUCAAAUCCAAUCACCAGAUCUAACGCCGUCAAGGUUCAUGGACAGGUUUAUCCGUUUGAAAACUAGAUAUUGGAACAGAGGAUUUGCAAUAGUUUUGCUCACAUUUAUAGGUUCAACUAUUCAACUAUGCCAAUGUGGUUCAUUAAAUUGGACGUAUUCUGAAGAUUUACUUAAUGUUCAUUACUUCUAUAUUGGAAUGGCUAUCGGGUAUAUAAUUGGUGGUGUCUUAGGCACCGUUUAUCCGGCUCACAAUAUUUUCGGAGUAUCGUUCAUCAUAUCGUUAAUUUGUCAUUUUACGGAAGACAUGGAUUACUCAAACAAAUAUCGGCGAGCAUUCUCAAUAUUUUGCGCUGGAAUGACCUAUGCCAUAGUGUAUGCGGCAUCUCACGGGAUUUAUUCAUUUUGGAUCCCACUAGAUAAACAGUCAUUACGUCACGUUCCAAUAAUAUUGUGGAAGAUGAUAUUUUUACUUUAUGAAAUAAUAACAAUAUUUGGAUAUGACAAUAACCAUUUACAAUUAGGAAUUUUCGGGCUGGCAUGCUUUGUUUUAUGGUUGUGCGUGAUCAAUGGAGAUCGUUCUCAGAGCCUGAAACGCGGUUUUAUAUUGUUUAGAAUAUUCAGAGGUUCAAACUAUGCUCCACGUUCUUCUGGAACCUCCGUCAUAUCCUUAAGACGAUCAAUCAUAAUGGACAUUACAUGGAAGUCGUUUUGUACUUCAAUGGCUGUCAUUGCGCUUGUUGUAUCAUAUAUGUGUUCUGCAAUGGUAGAAGCUUCUAAAAACUCUUUCAACCAUUAUCAACAGGCGCAAUAUGAUCAGCAUUUAAGAGUACUCAUAUCCAUUGUGUUAUUACUCUUAUUCGUCCUGUUCGAAUUAGUGCCAGAAAUAACAGCAUAUUUUUCAGUCACCAAAGUCAGAAAGAUUUUUUAUUGUGCCUUUAUGUUUGCAAUGGCUUUAGCACUUUUUUCGAAUGUCUUACCAAAUGGAACUUUUUUGUUUAUAAAUAAAAAUGACUUGUUUAUUUUUAUAUUUAAUGUAAUACCAUAUUUGCGCCUAUUCAGUUUAGACAUUAACCACUUGGAUAUCGCACCAAAAUAUGCUAGUACACUUAUUGGAUUACAAAUGUUUAUGGAUAUCUUUUUUUUAUAUUUCUCGCAUAUAAACAUAUUGGGAAAUUGGAGCGAUGAAUUACUUGACGAAAUCCAAAUGCGUGUCUUGGUGGCGGUAGUAUGUUUAGCCUCGGCAGUUUUUUAUGCUAUUUUUGGUUCGGCAGAAAUACAACCACGGACAGACGAUAAACCGGUAAAAGAAAAUCAACGAAAUAUGCACGAAGAAGUCGUUCUAACGGCUGUGUGACGGAUUCAUGAAAUAUUUACUUUCCGAGUAGAAUAAUAUUAUGUUUAUAACUUCAUAAAAUAUUCAAUCUAAUUUAUUGUCUAAUAAUUAAUUAUUGUCUGCAUUUGGUAUGUGUACCUACCUCACCGAAAUUCACCUAAACUGCUUGAUCGAUUUUGAUAAAAUUGUUUGUGGGUUUGAGUGGGUGUCUGGAAUCUGAGUACCAUGGGUUUAUAAUUUAACCGGGAAGGUCCAUCCAGAAAAACUGCUCAAACUAUGGAUUUUGAGAUUUAUGAUUUACAUUUUACAUUAAAUGGUUGCCAUUGGUUACUUGAGUUGUCGGGCAGAUAACCUAAAAUCAUGCACCAAAUCGUCGCAUUUGUGGUUUCGAAUACAGAAAUUAUAUUUUUUUUAAAUAUAACAGUUUAAUAUGAAUUUAUAGCUUUUACACAGUUUCUCAACUGAGGCUAAAAUGUUGGGGAGAAUUUAGGCUGUACCCCCUAAUCCCUAUGAGAUAUUACAUGAAAGCUAACCGUGGGAAUGCUUGUAAAACAUAGUUUUUAAAAGUAUUCAAGUACGGAUGUCGGAUACAGACAAUAAUUUUGGAAAGUACCUAUUCCAAGUUUUCGUUUACAUUAUAUUAAAAUUGUUGUCUCACGCAAAUGCGACUACGCAUACUUAAAAUCUAGGAAUCAUAAACGGCAUCAUAAGCAAUUAAGGGAGUUUUUUUCGCUAUUCGAUAUUAUUAAUAAUAUAUUAUAUUUUUUAGUGUAACUAAUGAAAUGUUUUUCUUUGAAUUUCAUUAAUAUUCAUAAAUAUAAAUAGAUUAUAUAAGACUUUGUGAAAAUACAUGUAAUAUAAAUAAAAUUACCGUCAAUGUUUUGCGGAGAAAGUCUUGAGGCCAGACAAUUAUGUUAAGUAGGUAUGUAUCUUAAUAGUCAAAACAGAUUUAUUUUAGUUUUUGUAUCUAAAAUAUUUUACAUCUUUAAGUAAUAUAAUGUCAUAUAAAUGUAUAUACGUUAAGUUAAUGUAAAUCGAUACAUCCAAUAAGUUGUUAUGUUUGUCUAUUUUUUUAAAAAUAAGGUUAUGUAGGUAUUUGACUAUUUGACUUAGUUUUGGCAUCUUGGCGUUUUGCGUAUUAGAGGGAGUCCAACAAGACUAUCGGAUUUUGCAGGCCGGUUGCCGUGUUCCUCCACCUCAAACGACAAACAACGUUUAGAUCACACGAUCAACGAAUAUAACGCUUAUUUGAUUUAUAAAAAUAUAAUAAAAUAUUUGUCAAGUAUUUGUAACAACUGCCA